AUGGCUUCCAUCCGCGUGCUGUCGUUCGAUGCUGAGGGCCGCCCUGUGAAGUUCGCCACUUGGCUGGAUGACCUGCAGCUGUUCCUUCUGAGCGAUAGCAAGGAGCAUGUGUCGCUCUAUGAUUACGCGUCUGGUGCUGCACCUGCCCCUCCUGCCACAGCUGAGCUUAGUGUUCGUUCCCACUGGCAGACUCGUGACGCAGCUGCUCGCCUAGCCAUUCGCAGUCACCUCCCGCUAGCUGAGCUCGAGCAUUUUGGCGACUGCAAAUCCGCUAAGGCCCUGUACGAUGCUGUCGUUGCUCGCUACUCCUCGCCUGCCACAGCCGAGCUUAGCCGCCUCAUGCUGCCGUACCUGUUCCCUGAGCUGUCCACCUUUGCUACAGUCGCCGAUCUUAUCACCCACCUUCGCACUAGUGAUGCUCGCCUGCGUGCUGCCCUUCCCACCGAGUUCUGCGCUAAGAACCCCCCUCCACUGUACUGGACACUCCACUUCAUAGUCACCCGACUCCCUGACACCCUCAGCUCAGUUCGAGACCACUUCCUUGCUCGCUGUCCCACUGAGCUCACAGUCGCCCUCCUAGAGGAGCAGCUGCUAGCGGCCGAAAAGAGCAUUGUAGCUGUCGGUGCUGCUCGUGGCGCUCCUCGCACCCCCAUCUUUGAGGGGUGUUCUCCCUCUCCCCUCGCUCCCUCCUACGCUACUGCUGCUGCUGUUGACUUCCUUGGUGCUGAGUCUGCUGGCGCUGCUUCUGCUCCUGGUGGGAGGCGCCGCACCGGCAAGGGCAAGGGGGGCAAGGGUGGCGGGGGUGGCGCUGGGGGGGGAGGAGGUGGGGGAGGUGGGGGGGGAGGCGGUGCUGGAGGGAGCGGUGGCGGGAGUGCUGGUGGGAGUGGGGUCGGCAGCGGAGGCGGGGGCGGCGGAGGGAGCGGUGGCGGUGGUGGCGGCGGCGGCGGUGGCGGCGGCGGCGGCGGCGGCGGUGGCGGCGGCGGCGGUGGCGGUCGGAGCGGAGGUAGUGGUGGUGGCGGAGGUCGGAGUGGAGGCACUGGCUCGGGCCAGAGCUCCCAGCAGCAGCAGCGUCCCCAGACGACCCAGCAGCUUCGUGAGUGGCUUGCUCAGCGUGGGACGUCGGGGGGCAAUGGCCGCUGUUCCUAUGUCAUUCGCACAGGUGACCGCAAGGGACAGACGUGUGGGAGGUUCCACACCCCGUACCGCUGCUUCUCCCGCCUUGACGACGCUUGGCGUGAGGAGAUGGGCGAGGAUGUUGAGCGCCCCCGCUGGGCUGAGCUCAUGAGGGCUGGUGUUGAUAUAUUUGCUCUUGACUAUGAUGCUAUUAUUGCUGCCAUGUAUGCAUUGACUGUUAGUGCCGAGGGAGACUGUUACUUGUGUGUGCCGCCUGACCCAGGUAUAGAGCCCGCUGCCCUGGGUACUAGUGAGUCUGCUCUCUCCGGUAUGGUGCCCCCUGUACUUGCUCCCUCCAGUGCUGUCCCGGCUGUUUGCGAGUCUGCUCUCUCAGGUACAGCACCCACAGAGACUGCUCUCUCAGGUACCGCACCGGCUGAGGCCUGUCACACCUUCACCCUUGACUCAGGUGCUUCCCGCUGUUUCUUUCGUGACAGUACUGAGCUCACACCGCUUCCUGCACCGGUCCCAGUCUCCUUGGCUGACCCCUCUGGGGGCCCAGUCCUUGCCCAGUCCACCACUGUGCUCCCUUGUCCGGCGGUUCCGUCUGGCUCGUUGUCGGGUUUCCACCUCCCCUCGUUCUCGACGAACCUGGUGAGCAACGCUGUCAUCCAGGAUCAGUGGGUUGACACCUUUACCCCUGGAGGACAGCGUGUGGCGAUCUGCACGUGCUCCAGGACCGGCCGUCACCUGGCUACGUUUACCCGUCGGCCGGGGUCGAGUCUCUACACACUGACCACUGCGUCUCCUCAGGUCGCUGCUGUCGGUCAGGUGUCCGCGUCAGGUCUGGUGGCCCACGCCUGUGAGUGUCGUUCCCUGUCACACCAGACUCUUCUCUGGCACCACCGCCUGGGUCACCCCUCCUUGCCACGCCUCCGUGGCAUGCACCGUCACCGCCUUGUGUCUGGUCUUCCCAGGUCUCUCCCUCCCCUCCCUGCCUCGCCUGCGCCGCCUUGCCUUCCUUGCGUCGAGGGGCGGCAGCACGCCGCUCCUCACUCCUCCUCGUUCCCCCCGACAGAGGCUCCUCUGCAGACCCUCCACCUGGACGUGUGGGGCCCAGCCCGCGUUCGUGGCCAGGGCGGUGAGCGGUACUUUUUGCUGGUUGUCGACGACUACUCGCGUUACACCACGGUCUUCCCCUUGCGCACCAAGGGUGAGGUCCCUGCUGUUCUGAUCCCUUGGAUCCGCACAGUUCGUCUCCAGCUCCGCCGCCGUUUCCGGACGGAUCUUCCUGUCCUGCGUCUGCACUCUGACAGAGGUGGUGAGUUUUCCUCCGAUCUCUUGAGGACCUUCUGUCAGGCGGAGGGCAUCGAGCAGACCUUCACGCUUCCGGACUCCCCACAGCAGAAUGGGGUUGCUGAGCGCCGCAUUGGCCUGGUCAUGGAGGUCGCUCGUACCUCCUUGGUCCACGCGGCGGCUCCCCAUUUUCUGUGGCCGUUUGCUGUCCGGUACGCCGCGCAUCAGCUCAACCUCUGGCCCCGUGUCUCCUUGCCGGAGACCUCUCCCACACUGCGUUGGACGGGGGAGGUUGGCGAUGCGUCGCGCUUCCGGGUGUGGGGUGCUCGUGCCCUUGUCCGCGAUACGUCCGCGGACAAGCUCUCCUCCCGCACACUUCCCUGUGUCUUCCUUGGCUUUGUCCCUGACGCGCCGGGCUGGCAGUUUUACCACCCCACCUCGCGCCGGGUCUUCGCCUCUCAGGACGUCACCUUUGACGAGUCGGUCCCUUUUUACCGUCUCUUCCCCUACCGCACUGCCCCCCUCCCUCCCCCACCGCUUUUCCUUGCUCCUGGUCCCCCUCCGGUAGACCCCCUUCCCCCUCAGGGUCCUGCUCCUUCAGGUGUUUCUCAGGUAGACCCUCCUCCCGUCACUGAGCCUGUCGAGGUCACAGUCUGGGGGUGCUGA